AAUGCAGCUGGUCCUUCUCCUGACGGGGCAGCUCAAACUCACCAGGGCGACGCUGGGCUCGUGGGUCCGCCUACAUAUGUCUUCAAUGGCUAUGAUGCGUCAGAGCCGCGGCCGAGUGAUUCGUCAUGGGACCGCUUCGCAAGAGAUGCCGUAGGGGUUGCACACAAAGACAUAAUUCUCAACCACACACGCGACGAGCCGAAAAACGCAAUGGGGAUAGUAGUUCCACCUCUGCGGUCUCGACAGUCUGUCGGGAGGCCCAAGAGCCCGCCGCCUCGGCCUCCUUCACUCCAGUCAAUCUCAGAGACUGCCAUGAUGGAGCAAUAUCCAAACAACGGCCAGGCCCCAAGCCCCUUAGAUACAUCCUCCAUUGGAAUGGCCCUCUCCGCAGGCUCGGGAUGGCCCAAGGCUGCCCAGGAGCCGUUACCUCUCACGCGCAAACAAGUCAAUCAUCAAGGCUUUGGACCUCACCAAAUUGGGAGGCCCGGGGUUGGACAACUGAUCGCGGUCUCCGGACACAGGAAAUCCAGGAGCACGGGAUCCAUAGCUGCCCCAUCGAGCCGAUCAACCACCAUGACGAGGACGACAAGCAAUGCAGAGCCAGUACCAACAACUAUUCCUGCCAGCUCCUUGGCAGGCUCUACAGGCCGGAACGUGCGCCCACGGGAAAUGGACAGCACGAACUACCCGACACAUACACAAGCGCCUACCGAUCUCCUAUACCAGCCCCAAAUGUCAACUAAUCAAGGAUUCCCCGCAAGAUCCCAUGGCGAUAAGCAUGAACCCAACUUGACCAGGAACUGGCAAGGCAUGAUAUCGAAGCCAAGUCAGAAGACUGUCGGGAGUGAGGGCCAGUGGGAAGACGUGGACGAUGAUGACGACGAUGACGACGGCGACGAUGCCUGGGAGGACAUCCGACCACCAGGCUCUCUGAAGAGUGGAGCAUGGGGUAAUGAUGGAGGUGACAGUAAUGGUAGUUUCCUCGUUUAUAUCUAGAGAGGCGCACAUGGUGUAGAAGCAGACUGUGCACAUGGCUUGAACUAUGCUUCUAGAACUGCAGAUAUACGAUACCCAACUGUUUGCAGUGCAUCGUUUUUACAAGUUUGGGACGCCUGUGGAAGCUCGCAUCCGCGCGGCGUCAGGAAUAUAGUUGACGUUGCU